AUGGCUGGCGUGAGCUUUUCGGCACCGAACUUGCUGCAACCGUACAAGGAAGUGCUCUCAGGAGGCCAGAACGACUGGGCGCUCUACACGCUCGUUAGUAAUCAGGGAGGCUUCUCGACCGAGCUCAAGUUUACCUCGAGCGGCUCUGGCGGACUCGAGGAGAUCGAGGACGAGUUCAACGAUGGCAAGGUCAUGUAUGGCUUUGUCCGCGUCAAGGAUGCCAACAGCUCGCUCCCGAAGUUCGUCCUAAUCUGCUGGCUUGGCGAAGGCGUUCCCGACUCCCGCAAGGGUCUCUUCCCGACGCACUCUGCCGCUGUCGCGAAGCAGCUCCAGGGCGCUCACGUCACGAUCCAGGCGCGCUCUGACAGCGACAUCACACCGUCACUCAUCCGCAAGCGUGUCGCCGACUCGUCAGGCGCCAAAUACUCGGUCCACAACGAGCCUGCCCAGCGCUACGUCGCGCCUGCUCCCGUCUCGUCGUCCUAUGUACCCGUCGGACGCCCGCAGAUUGCGCAGAGCAAGCCUGUCGCGCCGCCGACGCCGGUCGGAACGAGCUACGACUCGAAGCGCAACGAGCUUGCUGAUAUUCGGGCUGCUCAAGCCGCCAAGGCAGCCAUCCCGAAGCCUGCCACAGCGCCUUCGACGUCCGGCAUGACGGCGUCCGAGCCCGCGACGCCUCCUCCGUCGCACAAGCCAUCUGCGCCCAUCGCCGCUCCUUCGCCGCCGAUCAUUCCCUCCGCGCCGCCUGCCGCGCCACCAACCUCCGCUCGCGCAUCUGAGCAGAUUCCCGACCGCCCUGGACCUGUCGGCUCGACCUGGCAGCCCGUCUCGCUUCCCAAGCCGGGCAAGCUCGGUAAUCGUUGGCAGGAAGCGGUCUCUUCGUCAGGCAACGACUCGCAGGACGCGUCGAAGCCGAAGGCUGCGUCGGGCCUGACGUGGAGUCAGAGGCAGGAGCUUGCGAAGAAGCAGCGCGAAGAGGAGGAGGCGCAGUCCCGCGCUGCAGGCGAGGCGAACCUCCCGCCUGCUUCGAUGGCAAAGACGGCUGCGGUUGCAGCUAUUGGCGGGACUGCCGCUGUUGGACUCGCCGCCGGCGCUGCACUCGGUGCGGGAGCGGGACUUGCUGGUGCUGCGGCUGUCGGUUUGGGCGCGGCUGCGGUCAGCUCGGCGGUCGAGAGCAAGGAGGACGAGGAGCACGAGGAGCAGGAGCAAGAGGAGGAAUUGAGCAUCCCGCCCCCUCCGCCUCCGCCUCCCGCCCCUCCCGCUCCUCCUGCUCCUCCUGCUCCUCCUGCACCUCCUGCGCCGCCCGCGCCGCCCAUGCGUGCGGCUGAGCCCGAGCCCGAGCCUGAGCCUGAGGCACCGACUGAGGCUGUCGCCGACCUGUCCCUCAGCGAUCUUCCACCUCGUACCGCCACGUCCGGUCAGCGAGCCCGAGUGCUGUUCGACUAUGAAGCCGAGGAGGACAACGAGUUGUCGCUUGCCGAGGGCGAAAUUGUAGAGCAGGUUGACCAGGUCGAUCCCGGAUGGUGGCAGGCAAGCAUCAACGGCAGGACAGGUCUCUUCCCCUCGAACUACGUCGAACUCAUCGAUGAGCCGCAAGAACAAUCGGCUGCAGCUGGCAACGAGGAGGCGGACGAGUCUGCAGCAGAUGCCGGCGCACCGCCUCCUCCGCCGCCGCCGCCUCCUCCCCCUCCUCCUCCUCCCAUGGCGACGCGGCCUGCUGAGCCUGAGCCCGCUCCUGAGCCGGAGCCGGAGCCUGCGGCAGAUGAGGGCAUCGUUGCGGUCGCCCUGUAUGACUACACUGCGGAAGAAGAGGGCGAGCUGACUUUCAUCGAGGGCCAGCGCAUCGUCACCAUCGACAGGCUGGGAGACGAGGGGUGGUGGCAGGGACGGAACGUCGAGACGGGCGAGGUUGGCGUCUUCCCGUCAAACUAUGUCGAGGAGCAGUAG